UAGCUACUUUUUUAAUCAAAAUGUUCGUGACCCGGAAGUGUUGCUCACAAGACUCCAAUGUUUGGUUAACAUGACAUAUCGAUUAGGUGGCAUUUCACUUGACCACACAAAGACAUGGCCAAAAUGACAAUAUUCACCACGAAAGGGUGAACGAUUUCCGAUUGAUCAUUCAGAAUGGCCGGCUUCAAGGGAUGUCGUAAGAUUGGAGGCUCUCAAAUAAGAAAUCUACUCAAAGCAAAAGAUGUGUUUCUUUUUGAUUGCGAUGGUGUGAUAUGGCAUGGAGAGAAAGCAAUAACUGGUGCGCCGAAGGUGGUGAGUACUUUAUUAAAACAGGGCAAAAACGUAUUUUUCGUUACAAACAAUUGUACCAAGCUGCGGGAGAAUUACGUCAAGAAAUUCUACCGUCUGGGAUUUACUGAUGUUAUGCAAGAUCAUAUAUUCAGCUCCUCGUACUGUCUGGCGCUUUACCUGCGAGAUGUGGCUAAGGUUCAAGGCAAGGUGUUUGUCAUAGGUGGAGAUGGAGUGCGUAGUGAACUGCACAAAGCUGGCAUUCCUUUCGUUGGUGACGAAGAUGACACGCCUGAUGCCACAAUAUUUAACUGCGGGUUGGCUUCAGAUGUCAAAGCGGUCCUUGUUGGACAUGAUGACAAGUUUACCUUCCUCAAAUUAGCGAAGGCCUCCUGCUAUCUUCGGGAUCCAGAUUGCCUGUUUUUGGCCACUGAUGCAGACCCCUGGCACCCACUGCAGAAUGAUAGGAUACUACCAGGUUCGGGUUGUUUGACAGCAGCCCUGGAGGUGGCCUCAGGCCGGAAGGCCACAGUGAUUGGCAAGCCCAGCCCUUUCAUGUUUCAGUGCAUUUCCAGCCAGUUCAGAGUGGACCCAGCCCAGUGCUUGAUGGUGGGCGACCGCCUGGAGACAGACAUGCUGUUCGGGACCCACUGUGGCCUGGAUACAAUGCUCACACUCACAGGAGUCUCUCAGAUGAAGACUGCUCAGGAAUACAAAGAGAGUGAUCACUCCAUAAACCACAGCUGUGUGCCAGACUAUGUUGUGGAUACUAUUGCUGACUUCUUACCUGCAUUUGAGGAAGACUGACUUUGUCUUUCAGAUGUUGUUUCUUUUCAAUUCAGCUAUGCUGUGGUACUCCUUUGUUGUGAAAGUGUGCAAAACGUAAUAAACAAGGCAGUUAGAAGUUACUUUA